CUAUAUUUCAAAGUUCUUUCAAUUAAACAAUAAAAAGUUGGAUUCUUUUCACUGGGAGUCGUUCCAUUCUUUCAACCACCCACCAACAAUGCGAAUCGGAGGAGGAAUAGGAUCAAAGAUUUGGUUUCCAUUGAUUUAUUUUAAUAUUUUGGAGUAGAAUUUUCCAGAUUUGGACUUUGAUUUUGAAACUUAAUCUACAAAGAACCAACAAUGCUGUGUGUUAAUACUUCUACGUCAACUUCGAUUCUCCUUUGUUUCUCCACCACCAUUUCCAAUGGCGAUUUCUCUGCAGAUCCCCCGUUUUCCCCUUCGCAUAGACUUUGUUUCACGCAAGACCUUCUCCGGCGUCCGAGCUCUCCGAUGCCGGAAACCCCUUUUCCUCCGGUGCACCGCUGAUUCUUCGUCUUCUCCUGAACCGAUCGAUCCUGAUUUCGAUGCUAAGCUGUUCUGGAAGAACUUUUCCAGAGGUGAAAAUUAUAAUCGGAAAGGGUUUGGGCACAAGGAGGAGACUGUGAAGCUCAUGAGCAGCGAGUUCACAAGUGAAAUUGUGAAUACUCUGAAUGAAAAUGGGAAGCAGUUCACUUGGGGGAAUGUUACUGUGAAAUUGGCUGGAGCUUAUGGCUUUUGUUGGGGAGUUGAGCGAGCUGUGCAGAUUGCUUAUGAAGCGAGGAAACAGUUUCCAAGUGAAACAAUUUGGAUUACUAAUGAGAUUAUUCACAACCCAACUGUUAAUAAGCGUUUGGAGGAGAUGGGAGUGUAUAACAUUCCUCUGGAGGAAGGAAAGAAACAAUUCAAUGUCGUUAACCCUGGCGAUGUUGUGAUUUUGCCUGCCUUUGGGGCUGCAGUUGACGAAAUGAUUGUACUGAAUGAUAAAAAAGUUAAAAUUGUUGACACAACUUGCCCAUGGGUUUCCAAGGUUUGGAAUGCUGUUGACAAGCACAAAAAAGGAGAAUACACGUCAAUAAUUCACGGUAAGUAUCGUCAUGAAGAAACCAUAGCGACUGCUUCUUUUGCUGGAAAGUACAUCAUUGUGAAAGACAUGGCAGAGGCAAUGGAUGUAUGCGACUACAUUCUCGGGGUUGAACACAAUGGAUUGAUCUCAACUAAAGCAGAAUUUUUGAAGAAAUUCAAGUCUGCCGUUUCAAAAGGAUUCGAUCCGGAUAUUGACCUCAUGAAAAUUGGCAUUUCCAAUCAGACCACAAUGCUCAAAAGGGAAACGGAAGAGAUUGGAAAAUUGAUGGAGAAAACUAUGAUGCGGAAGUAUGGAGUUGAAAAUAUUAAUGAGCACUUCAUUAGUUUCAAUACGAUUUGUAAUGCUACUCAAGUGCGCCAAGAUGCAAUGUACGAGCUUGUGGAGGAAGAUGUGGAUCUCAUGUUAGUUGUUGGUGGAUGGAACUCAAGCAACACCUCUCAUCUUCAAGAGAUUGCAGAGGCUCGAGGAAUCCCAUCGUAUUGGAUCGACAGCGAGCAACGUAUCGGUCCAGGAAACUCAAUAUCAUACAAGCUCACUCACGGGGAGCUGGCUAACAAAGAAAACUGGCUACCUGAUGGACAUAUCACCAUUGGAGUGACCUCUGGUGCCUCUACACCAGAUAAGGUUGUUGGAAAUGUUCUUAAGAAGGUUUUUGACAUCAAAGGGGAUGGAACUGCACAGCUUGAAUAGCUUGGAUAAAGUGUAUAAUGUUACUGAACUGUUUUCUUUUUUUUUUUUUUUUUUUCUUUCUCUUUUUUUUUUUAAAAUAGAUAUUGAUCUGACAAAAUAAAUAGACUUGAGACAUUAUUAUAUAAAAUAAUAUUUGCAAAUGCUUGUGAAGGAAUAUCCUGCAAACCGAAGGUAGAAAGAGGAAGAUCCAAAAUUCUUUUCUUUUAAUAAGAAAGGAUUUGAUUCUUUUCGAAUUUAGUUUUUUAUUUGGUUCUAUUAAGCCUAUAGUUGACACAGUUAUUUUAAUGUGGAAAUGACAUGCUAAUAUGAUUAAGUGAUGUGGCUUUUGACAUAAUGUAUGACACAAUAGAAUAACCUAAGUGAAGUAUCAAUCCAUUUUAGUACAACAAUAUGCAUGAUGGGAGAUUCCAGUUUUUGACCUUUUUCGAAUAAAUAUUUUAUAGUAGUUGAGUUAUGCUCAUGUUGAUAUGUAUAUAUUGAAUUGAAUUAUUUUUAUAUUUGGGAGUGUCUAAGGUAGUUUGUGUCUAUCUUCACUAAUUUCACGAGACAAUAUGUUUGACCCUACAACAUUUGAGUAUUAAGGAAUGAAGUUCGUAUGAUAUUAAUAAAGUGAUCGAAUCUUGCAGCGGAAGCGAGUGAUCACUUUGCUUUCAAUUUUGUUUUGGAAAUCAUAACAUAGAAAAUAAGAAAAUACAGUAAACAAAA